AUGAGUGUCACCGACGGCGCACCUCUCCCACAAGUUGAGCCCAAGGCGCAGCAGCAGCAAAAGAUGCGCGGCCCGCUACGCUCUUCCCGGUCGCCCUUUCGAAACCUUUUGCGCUCCUCGACAAAACGGUCACGAGGGUCGCCGUCCCCAGUCACGGCAUCACCACCGCCACCACAGGCUCUCUCUAGAUCUCCUACGGCUGGUCUCAGCAGCCAGAUGCUGAACAUCUCUCUACCAUCCGAUGGGGACACGCCAGUCUCGCCGAUGCGAAUAGCACCGAAAUACAAGCGCCACUCAGCACAAUCGGCUACAUCGACCGACAUACCCAAAAUGCCUGCUUUCCUCAAUCUCUCCCCGCAAGAAAUUGAGCACAAGUACCAAGACUUGGUCUGGAUGGAGCGCGAUCGUUUACAAAACUCUACAACAGCACCAACUGGGCGCUGGACACGUGUGUCCGGACCCCACUUGCGAUUGCUCGAUCGUUAUAUGAACGUCCAGCCUUGGGAGAAGAACCGCGUGAAGCUCAAGGUGCCGCCUGGACAGAUCGACUACAUCAAUGCUUCGCCGAUUGUUCUUACAACCACAGCUCCUUCGCACGCGCAACGCCCUCCAGAUAGAUACAUCGCCAUGCAGGGUCCAAAAAUCAGCUCGGUUGACCACGUGUGGCGCAUGGUCUACGAACAAAUGCGGUCUCCUGCCGUCAUUGUCAUGUUGACCGAGACACACGACGGCAUACAAGAGAAAUGCUACCCCUACUUUCCUCGGAGCCCCGAUGACUCCCCCAUAAUGAUCAACGACCACGACGAAUUCGGGGACGGUUUUCAUGCGAGCGUUCACUGUGCGGAAAUCGAGGAGACACCAUUUGGUGAUGCGAUUGAGCUUCGGCGCCUUGUUCUUCGUGUGCACAAGAAAGCAUCUCCAGCCUCAGCACUCUCUGCAAAGCGGGCCUCAAGUACUAGCAGUCAUUCAGCUGGCAAUUCUACCAAGGACAAGGACAAUACCAAUGGGCUCAAUGGUGGCGCCAAGAAGGCCACGGAUCCGUCCCCAGCAGACAAGGCGAUCGGUCUUCGCGUGCCAGCCAAGGACGAAGACGGUGAUUCUGUGAUGAGCGAAGUGUCGGCCGGAUCAGCAUCGUCACCAGCGACAGCCAUCGACUCUGCAUCUGUACCUUCAAUUACAGAGACAGACGAAGCCGGCACAAGUAGAGUCAUCGAUAUUAGUGAAUACGAAGACGAGCGCAUCGUAUAUCACUUUCUCUUCAAGCGGUGGCCGGAUUUUGGUGUGCCUGCAAUAGACGAUGUGGAGAGUUUCCUCGGCCUCAUGCGCUUGUCGGCCGAGAAAAACGCCGAUGCCCAGAACCCGCGUAUUGUGCACUGCAGCGCAGGUGUCGGGCGCUCAGGCACAUUUAUCGCUCUGGAGCACCUCCUCCGCGAGCUUGAUAUGGGCGUGCUCGAAAACUACGACGUCAAUUUUCCGCCAAGCGAAGUAGAAGAUGUGGACAUGGACGGCGCCGACGGUCACAGCGGUCGAGGGCGAAUAGCGAACUCAGCACUCCACCAAAAUGACUCGGCAUCACCAGCGUCUAGUGGUACCGGUACAGUGGACCGGACAUCGAUCGGAUCCAAUUUGCUAGGGAGCAAGUCACAGUCGCCAUGCGACGCCAACGACCUGAUCUACACGACAGUCAACCAGCUCCGCGAGCAGCGGCGCAUGAUGGUGCAGGGCGAGAGUCAAUACCGCUUUAUCUACCAUGUGCUUCGCAAGCUAUGGCUAGAGAAGUACCGGGUUGUCGACAGUGACAACAGCCAAAGCCACGGCCAGAGUCAAAACCAAAGCCAGGGCAGCAAUGGCAUGGACGACGAUGAGGCAUCUGAAUGCUCAAAUGAAUUGGAGCCGGCAGCGAAGCGGCUCGAGGUCGACCCAGCGGCCGUAAUGAAAUGA